GCCACAAAAUUUAUUUAUUUUGUGAUCACAACAUACUUAAUCACAAACCACAAAAUUCUUUUUAUUUUGUUUUUAAUCAAAUAAUUAAUAAUAGUGUAAAAAUGUUAAUUGACAUUUGUAAAAAUUACUUAAACACCAAAAUUAAAUGCGAUAAACCAAGCUGUGAUGAUUAUGACAUUGAAAACUUGAUAUCUGAGAACGACAGAGGUUUUUUAGUUUAUUCAUGUAUAAAUCCACCAAUAAAUAUAGACUUUAAUUUUACAAAUGCCAUUAAAUUAAGCCAUGUAAUAAUUUGGCCAGUAAUCGGUGAGCAAAAGUCUACUGGAUUUAAACUUUCUGUCAAUUUAAGAAAUAAUACCAUCAAUCAGCUCGCUGUUGGAUUUCUGGAGCCUAGUGACAGUGGGAUUAUUUUUUGCUGCAAUGACAGUGAUGUUAAUCAACUUAAAACUAAUUAUAGAAAUUUUUCUAUUAAAUAUAUCAAUGGAUUUGCUCAUAAAUUUGUUAAUUCCACGGAUAAUUUGAAGUUAACAAUCAUUAAGACACAAAAGUCUGUAGCAGCUGUCAAAAGGAUUCAAAUUUGGGGUUACGUCAGACCUAAUUCCAAAAUACAUCAAUUGUUUACGGAGUAUAGUGAUAAAAUUAAUUGUUGUAAAAAUGUGUCACGGCCUGUAGAAAUUCAGAAUGCUGAAAUUGAGCCUCAGUCAAGCGAUAAAAAAUCAUUGGAAAUACCUGAGGAAUUUUUAGAUCCAAUAACUUGCAGCCUGAUGAUCCAACCAAUCAUUUUACCAAGCGGUAAAAUAAUCGACCACAGUACUCUGGAGACCUACGGAAAAAAUGAAGCGCUCUGGGGAAGACAACUUAGUGAUCCAUUUACUGGUCUACGUCUCAGCAAUAAUUUUCGGCCUGUUUACGCUCAAGCAUUGAAAUUUAGAAUUGAUAAAUUUAUAACUGACAAUCAUUGUCAUGCUGAUUUUAAUAAUAUUCCUCGUGUGUUAGGACCUCAUAGACAUUCUUCAGUUGAUGUGGAUUUAAACAGCAUUUCUGCUGGUCAGAAAGGAAGUUUAUCAGCUUCUAAAAUUCAUUUUUCUGCAUCAACUGGAUCGAUACCAAGAAAUAUCAAGACCAGUCAUAGGAUACCUAUUAUUGCCAGCUAUUCAAAGUUCAGCUGUUUAAAGCCUAAGUUGUCAAAAAAAAUAAAGAAAGUUACUGAAAUUAAUUGUUUUAAUGACAGCGAAGCUGCUACGACUGGAAAUAAUGUUUUGAAUGAAUCAACAAUUAUUGAUGAGAAUCUAAGAGACAGUUUGAAGUCUUUACUGUCGAAUUUAAAAACUUUGAGCCGAGCUGAAGUCAAAAAAGAGUCUGAUAAUGAAAUAGUUUGUAAAUGUUGUAAAAAUAGUGAAAUUAAGGAUAUUUGUGGGUAUAAACUCACUUGUAGUCAUGUCGUAUGUCGCAGCGCUUUAUUGUCGGGUGUAGAUAAUAAAAAUAAUUCAUUUUGUUGUGAUAAGUGCAAUAUUAAUUGUCGGACUAAUGAAAUUAUUAAAAUUCAUUUAAGGUAGUUUUAAUGCAUUGUUUUUUGUAAAUAAAAA